AUGUUGCCCAGAAACACCACGCCUGCGGACACGAUGACGCCGACCAGGCCUAAGUUGGCCUCGAGGUCUUCGUCUCGAGCGAGCUCACAGUAUGUCGAUACCGAAGAGCAUUUCCAGCAAUCAGGCCGUGCCCCAGUAAAUAUCGCUGCUCAGGCUUCGGCACAAUCGCUUCGCGAGGCCUCACGACCAUCCUCACGUGGACCCAGCCGGUCUUCCAGCCAGCCGAACCUGCUGCGCAAGAAGAAUAAGAAUGCACAACCAAUCAGCGAGGAAGGUGACAGUGAGGUUUCUGGCGAGGGAUUAAUGAUGCCAGCGCGGCGGCUUCACGAAGUACGCACGGCUUCACCUUUACACCAACAUCCUUCAAACAGCUCGGACGACCCGUCGGACGUACGGAAGCACAGCGCUGAAGGUCCACCGAGUACGUCCAGUUCUCACGACUCCGCCGGUAGGAGUCAUGCAGCGACUGCGGCAGGUGCUGCUCUGGCAGCGCAACUUGGCACACAGACGCCAAUCAAACGACAUUCGUUACUGCGAGAUGAGAUGUCACCUAACGACUCGACUCUGAGCCUAACGAGACAAACAACCCCGAGGACCGUACGGGACCUGGGGUCGGACUAUACACGAUACUUCAAUCCUUUUGCUUCACGAAAUAAUUCGCAGCAAGAUCUGUCUAAUACUCUACCAAGAUACAACUCCUCCACUCAUCUGAUGACGGGCGCUGGCGCUCUAUCAUCUACCGAUCUCUCGAAACGACUAUCAAACCCUUUCCAGGACUCAAAGAGGAUGUCGAACCCAUUCGCGAGUCGACCACAUACUGCUCCCGGCACACCAAUGAUACAAAUUACGCCUGCACCAAAGCAAAUAGGCGAGGUCAGUGAGAAAGAGGCGGGUGCUGCUGCCGUGGGCAUGCCGAUCAUGACACCGACACAAACACCAGUCAGAACUGGUACGCCAGUGUUCAUACGAGAGGCGGACCCAGAAAAGGCUGGCUUCUUCCCGUACAUGGACGAUCGACUCGGUGCUCCCGAAUAUGCCUUCCCGCUAUACUCGGACGAGAAAGAGGAUGAUGACGACCUACACAUGCCUCAAUGGGAUGACGAUAAGAGAUUGAAACCACAUUGGAAGGACCACUUCACCCGGGAGAAUAUACUGAGUACAUUCGGCUUAGCAUUCAUGAUACUAGGUCUGCUACUCAUCUUCGUGAUUCUACCUGUCGUAUCCUACACCACCAAAGGAUUACUGGAUUAUAAUUACGAAACGCCACUCAGUCAAAUGCCGAAGACUGGCCAGGCCGAACCUUGGGCGAUCGUAAAUGAUCGAGAUUAUCCUCUCAUGUCCAAUGUGAGAACUGGUUUGAUCGAUCCGGAUACUCCUUCUGCUGCCAAGACUAGGGUGGGCGUCAAUGGCGACACGUACAAACUGGUGUUUAGCGAUGAGUUUAACGAGAAGAAUCGAAGUUUCUGGCCCGGUGACGACCCGUAUUGGUUUGGUGGCAACUUCUGGUAUGGUGCUACUCAGGAUCUGGAGUGGUAUGAUCCGGAUGCCAUCAACACCGGCGACGGCACUCUGCAAAUUCAGCUGGACGAGUUUCAGAACCAUGGCUUGAAUUACCGCUCCGGCAUGCUAAAUUCCUGGAACCAGCUAUGUUUCAAAGGCGGUAUCUAUGAAGUGUCAAUGUCUCUACCAGGGCCUGCAGGUGUACACGGGUUAUGGCCGGGAGCAUGGUCGAUGGGGAACCUCGGACGACCUGGACAUCUUGCGACUACCGAUGGCAUGUGGCCAUACACCUACAACGAGUGUGAUGUCGGCAUCACUCCUAAUCAGUCCAUGACCGACGGGACGAGCUUCUUGCCUGGACAGCGUUUGCCAUCAUGUUCGUGCACUGGCGAAGAUCACCCAACGCCAGGUACUGGUCGGGGUGCACCCGAGAUCGAUAUCGCUGAGAUCAGUGGCGACUGGAGCGGCAAAGGUUGGGCGGUGGCAACGCAAUCUUAUCAAGUCGCACCAUUCGAUAUCUGGUACUAUCCCAACUACGAAUUCAUGGAACUGCCGAACUACAACGUCAGCUAUGUCAACACUUACACUGGUGGUCCGUUCCAGGAAGCCGUCUCCACGACGACGGUACUCAACAACGCCUGGUAUGAUGGUGUGGAGUACCAGAAGUAUGCCUACGAGUAUGUCCCAGGCUCGGGCAAGAACUCUUAUGUUGCGUGGACUGUGGGCGACAAUGACGAGAUGAUGAAGUUCGACGCGCGAGCCACUGGUCCCAACGGCAAUAUUGGCCAGCGUCCGGUCUCCGAGGAGCCGAUGUCGAUGGUCAUUAACCUGGGCUUCUCCAAUAGUUGGGUCAAUAUUGACUGGCCGAAUUUGAAAUUCCCGACUGUUAUGAGGGUCGAUUAUGUACGGUGGUACCAGAAGGAGGGUGAGGAGAUGGUGACUUGCGAUCCACCUGGGUACGAGACCACGCAGUACAUCCGGGACCAUCCGGAACCGUAUAACAAUCCAAACUUGACUCAUUGGGCUGAUGCUGGAUACUCGAGGCCCAAGAAUAGCUUGAUGGAUGGGUGCAAAGCUGCUAGUUCGUCUUCGUCCAACGAUAAGAAGUGA